ACAGAUAAUAACUUUCUUUAAUCCAACAAAAAUCCGAAUCGAACCCGAUUUGGGAUCCGAGCGGAUUUUCACAAUCCUUUCUCUAUCAUUUUCACUCUCAUCAGUCAUAAGUCAUAACCAUCGUCAACGCAAAAAAUGGCAGCCACCGCACCACCACCACCAGAACCAAACAUAGUAGCACAAACUUCACCGAUCGGGCACCCAAUGUUCUCCCGGAUCCGCCUGGCGACAGCAUCAGACGUCCCAUUCAUCCACAAACUAAUCCACCAAAUGGCCGUGUUCGAAGACCUCACUAAUUUCUUCUUCGCUACCGAGUCAGGUCUCACUUCCACGCUCUUCAACUCUCCUCCUUUCAAAUCGGUCACCGUCUUUCUCUUAGAGGUCUCUCCUUCUCCAUUCCCCACCACCUUCGCCGCUUCAUCUCCCGAUUUCACACCGUUUCUCAAAACUCAUAGCCUUGAUCUCCCCAUUGAGGAUCCGGAUAGCUACAAUUUCUCGCCGGAUUUGUCAAACGACGUCGUUGUUGCUGGUUUUGUUAUGUUUUUUCCCAACUACUCUAGCUAUUUGUCGAAACAUGGUUUCUGCAUUGAGGAUCUACUUGUGAGAGAGCCUUAUAGAAGGAGAGGGUUUGGGAGAAUGUUAUUGACUGCUGUGGCGAAACAAGCUGUGAAGAUGGGUUAUGGGAAAGUUGAAUGGGUUGUGCUUGAUUGGAAUGUGAAUGCUAUCAAGUUUUAUGAGCAGAUGGGUGCUGAGAUUUUGCAGGAAUGCAGAUUUUGUAGGCUUACUGGUGAUGCUCUCCAAGCUCUUGAUACUGAUUGAUUUGUUGCUGCUGAGAUUUAUGGAACCGAUUCCCUUUGCUUCAAGCUUUUAAGUUUGCUUCUUCUCUUGGAUUGGAUUCAUAGACUUUUCAUUAUUGUAUAGACGUGUGAUGAUCAUUUAGCUGAUGUAGUCGACUCUUCUCUUUGACUCUUGGUUGAGGAAUGAAUCCUGGUUGAAUUCGAGUA